GUCCUACCUCCAUUCAGUAGAUUUCUAUAGCUUCCCGGGUCGUCCCUCAGACUCAAAGAGCCUGUAUGCAAGGCGUUUAGAAUAACAGCGAUAGCUUGACAUCAAGCCCUUAUUUAGGGUUACAAUUUGAAACUUGGUCAUCAUUCUCUUUGUUUCUUGGCUUUCGAAUUCAAACUAAGUAUCGCUUCACCACUCAAACGACCCUGCUAAAUUGUAAUCGAGUUUAAGACCUGAAUCCGAAGAGGAUUAAGUCACAGGGAAAACAUUUUGGUAAGUUCCAAUGUUACGUAUCUCGACCAUCCAAAACAGGAGUUGAAGCGUCGAUCGCACAAGGAUUUUCCAGAGAACCGUACGCCAACACUCAAAGUCUCCGUUGAGAUAUGAGUUUGCGACUCUCUGCACGCUACCUGGGGGCCUCUGCUUUGAAUGUGGAUGGUGAAAUCUCAUCGGAUUCAUCAGAUUCAGAAGACGAGAGUGAUCUCACUUGGGAGGACUGGAUCUCGGAUUCCGGAGCAAAGCGUCCUUGCAAAUCCCUCUUUGAUGACACCACAUUUACCUCCGUCGCCGAAGCCCUGGAAUACGACAAGGAUACUCACGGCUUCGACUUCGAACAAACAUGUUCCCGUUUAUGUAUCUUUGGAUUCUUAUCGGAGGAUACGACUCGUUAACUGGAUACGAAAAGAGAAACCUUCACCGGAGCAUGCCAAUGCUCUGAAAGGCGACGAGGCCUUCCUAUCAGCAGACGAGUAUCUCAAACCAACUUUGGAAGAUGAUCCAUUACUCGAGGUUCCUUCAGAAGAUUCGUCAGAUGAGGAAGAGAUUGAGGUUUGGCCACAGUCGCCUCUCGACCUUGCAGCCGCGAAACGUCAAAUCAAGAGACUGAAGCAACAACUUCAGAGGACAAAACAAGAUAUGAUAGAAUAUCGUGCAUUCGUUAGUGAACGGUUGAACUUCACCAGUGUGGCCGAAUCCCUGAAAGAGCCUGUGCCAUCUUCUUCGAUCCAUGUCGCUGCACCUUUGCGGGACGAUGAUUCCCACUACUUUCAAAGCUAUGGCGAGAACGAUAUUCAUGCUGUCAUGAUUCAAGAUAAAGUCCGCACAGCGACGUACGCGCAGUUUAUCAUGACCACACCAGAGCUUUUCCGCGAUGCGGUUGUCCUGGAUGUGGGUUGUGGUACUGGUAUUCUUUCCCUCUUUGCAGCUCGCGCAGGUGCGAAACGUGUCUUUGCGGUGGACGCUAGUGACAUUGCGGAGAAGGCCAUGCAGAUCGUGAAGGCCAAUGAUCUUGAGAAUGUUAUCACCGUCAUUCGAGGCAAAAUCGAGGAGGUCACGCUUCCUGACGAUGUCACUCAUGUCGAUGUCAUUGUAUCCGAAUGGAUGGGUUAUGGGCUGUUGUAUGAGUCUAUGCUCGACUCGGUUCUGCAUGCUCGCGAUCGCUUCCUUAACCCCGACGGUGGUGUUCUGGCGCCUAGUCAGUGUAAGAUGAUGUUCGGUCUGUGUGAAGCGGCUGAGAUCUUCAAAGAGCGGGUGGGCUUCUGGAGUGAUGUUUAUGGGUUUGAUCUGGCCGCUAUGGCCGCGGAUGUGUAUAACGAAGCAAUCGUGGAUGUCGUCGACAGCAUGGCAAGCGAACCUGUUGUUGUGAAGGAUCUCUACUUAAAGACCAUCGCUCCCAAGCAAUUGGACUUCUCGAGCUCAUUCACUUUGGUCUCUACCACCGAGCGAAAGACCAAUAUCCACGCUUUCGUACUGUACUUUGAUACGUUCUUCACGGCGUCAGGAGAGCCCAUACCCGAGGAUUCGCAAGUACACUUCGUGAAGGAAGGGGACCCUAUCCUGGCCGAAGUAUGGCAAGUCGGUGGCAAACCGCACAUAUCACGACGUAUGAGCUCUGGCGGCCCCUUGAAGAAACCCAAGCCGAAGACUACUAGCUUCAGCACGGGUCCAUUGUCUGUUCCCACGCAUUGGAAACAAACCUUGUUCUUGCUCCGGGAUCCUAUUAUUGUUCACGAAGGUACCAUCGUCCAAGGAACGUUCAUUUGCAAGAAGUCGGAUGACAAUUCCCGCGAGUUGGAUGUUGAGAUUCACUACACUGUCAAAUAUGAAGGCGAAGAGCCAAGCGAAGCCAUUGUACAAGUAUUUAAGGUACGGUAGCGCGACCACGUGGUGGGGGGAAGGUAGAAUGUCUGUCAUAUGUAUCGAUAAAUCUGUUAACGAUAUAUAUCCAUAAUGUAGCUCUCUGACGUAGAGUAUGAUAUCCUCUGUAAGGCCUUCUUUGAUAUUUCAUGGACUAACGGACGAUAGAAGUUUUGUUACCAUGAGUAUAUGUUUUACAACGUGUUAUCGCUG